AUGCUGUGGAGACUGUACAAGACUGAACCUGGUAGGGGUCACAUACUAUCAUUCUGGUGUCUCUCACUCAACUCACAGCUUCUUCAGGAAUGCGAAUGGCCUGCGGUGAAGAGAAUCGCCAAGACUGCGGACGGUACCGCGCGAACUUUAUCACCGCUUGUCGGAACAGUAGAUGUACCUGAAGAGCAGGGAUUAUCUUCCGGAGAGACAAGUCAUCCAGGAUGUUCUGUUCCCCGGCCCAGCCCUGAUAGCAUUUCGACCUCGACUUUGCAUCCAGGCUGGUCUCAUACUCGAGCCGAUGAUGCACCUCAAGAUUUGUUCGGAGGCAAUCUCUUCCCUCCUCAGUUCAAUCCCAUCGACGAUGUGAGUGACAAGGUCCUUCUUAGAAACCGCAUCAUGCUGAGACUGACAUCGCAGGCCAUCUUACAACUCUGGGCCGAGACUUGUGCCCCUUUCCUUUCUGACGACGCUAGUGAAGCUGUCUCCAGCGGCCGUCGGCCAUCAUCUCUUCCCUUGCCCGCUACAAUAACUAUGUCUAAGAGUGUGCCUGACUCCAGCGAUACAAUCUCAUCGAUGCCAGGCGACUCCUCCAGCACAUUACCGGAUGGCACCACUCAAGCCCAGAUCCUACAAUACUUCCGCGAUCGACUGGCCAGUCUUCUAUCAUAUGACCAGACCCUUUUCCCGAACGCUUUCCACGCCUUUAACGCUACGGCCUCUGCUAACAUCGGAAAUUCUGCUGGAAGAGCUCUGCAUUAUGGCAUCCUAGCUCUAGCAUCGAGACACAUGUUCAACAAGGGUCAACUAUGCUACGAGCGAAUUAGUGAACAACUUGGUGUCGAGGGCUCGGCAAUUAUCCUGCAGAGAUUAAAGGAUAUACCCAAGGUCGAAGAAAUCACUGAAGAAGAGUCGAUCACUCUCCUCGCUGGGCUACUCAUGUUUGUCAUGUACAAAAUCUGCCGAGGCGAUGUUUGGGGUUUCGAAAGUUACUUCACGCAGCUGAAGCGGCUGUGCGCGGCAAUCUUCACCCUUGCACAAGCGCCGAAAGGCUUGAGUAACACCAAAUUCUCUUUCUUAGAAAACGUCAUAUAUCAUGAUUCUUAUGGCUGCUCGUUGUACGCCCAGGGUCCCGCGAUUGACCCUGAAGUCUCGACGGCAUAUGCGAAUACACAAAGAGGAAUCCCACACUCUCUGACUGGAUUGGCUCUUCCAUUAUACUGCAUCCUGCCGCGUAUCGCGAAACUGGUUAACCAGAGCUGGGCUCAACGUAAUGCCAUAUGGACUGAUCAGGAACUGGCCGAAAUUGUCAGCAAGGCAGAAAAUCUCGAGGCAACUCUUGAGAAGGAGAGAAUUUGGCUGGAGAAUUUCGUCCGAGACCGACCGGACAUGGCCAGUCAUCGAUAUUUCCACGACGGAUUUCGCAUAGCCUGCCUUCUACAAAUCAAGUGUUUUGUCCUUUGUCUGUCACCCGACGCUCUUUCUGUGCGUUUGUUGGUCCGCAAUGCGCUUUCAUUGCUCGAGACAAUGGAGGUCUUGAAUCUGCCCGGCUUUGUAUCAUCUCAUUGGAUCAUCUUCACUGUGUCAAUCUGCUCGACAUCAUCCAAUGAUAAUCACCCAGACAAUAUUCACACUGGGCGCGGCGGGUCAAGCGAAUCGAAUGUUAGUGACAGAGAGAGAGCUAGCAAGCUUUAUGCGACUGCUAUUGACAAGCUGGCAUUUCUGAACAUGUCUCGAUCGAGACAGAUUGUGCAGAAGCUUUGGGACCAGAACCAAGGUGGACGCCUUUCCAUCCAUUGGCUCAGUAUAUUGGCAGACUUUGACUGGGAGAUAAUCUUUGCCUGA